UAUUGACCAGGAACCGGAACCGUCGGGGAAGCUGUCGGGGUGGAGCAGCUCCGCCAACACAACCAGCCGAUGAACAAAAACAGAGGAGAGAAAAGAAAAAUGGAGCUCGGUGUCAGUCAGCGAUAGGAGCAUGAACAGCCAACCGUCAACCGUCACUUCGCGCUUGCUCGCCUCUCUCUAACUGACACAGUAACCCUAGCAACCGCGGGGCCAGGCUGCUCGCCCGUAUGGCGGGUCUGACAUAUUUAGUGCUCCGGUUUUCGGGCUCCGCUGGUCGGACGUACGGAGUGUUUUCCAAAGGCUUGACGAGGACUUUAUUGAUAUUUUUUGAUCUCGCAUGGCGACUACGAAUCAGAUUCCCCUAUAUCUACCUCGUCGCUUCGAUGAUGUUUAACGUCAGAUUGCAGCCUCCUCAUCUGUUCUCAGGUCCACAUCGAAAUCCACUGAACCUCCGAUGCCUGCAUUUGGACUCCAAACAAUCACUUGUGAGCACUGCCAUGUUUCAGCCCUCAUAAAAACAAACUGUCCGGCGCUGCGCAGCGACACGGAGGAAGAUGGGGAGGAAGAGGACACGUAAUUCUGCAAGCUGGUGUGACGAUGCAACAAAGUGACGCUGUGGCUGGUUGUUGCGGUCAGCCGUCGUCACAUGAGCCCAGUGCCUUUGCAGGGGGGUUGGGGGGGAAAGGACGGCAGAGAUUUUGUGCAAAAAAAAUGGUCCUGUAUGAGGAUGAAAGGGGGGAAGAAACGCCUCACAUUUGACCUUUGCCACCUGAGAUUCAGCACCCGCUCGUCGUGUCCGUGAGGAUUGUGUCGGAUGGAUCCUCCUCCUCUGGAUAUCGAGGACUUUGACGUGGAUUUUGCAACAUGGGGGGGGAGAAGAUGAUUGUUACUGUGAACUUUGUAGCUACUCUUUGUUGUCCAACAUGUAGGUGCUCAGUGUAAACAUCUCACUUUAAUUUAACAAGUAAAUAUCUACACACCGCAUGACACAAAACAAGCAUGUUUUUUCGUCCUAUAUGGCAUGGACACUUUACUUAAAGGUUGGGGUUAGCUGUAUAAGCGGUUACAUGGUCUUUCAGCAGAGGUUUUUGUUGUCGGAUUGACGGUACAGCUACCCACGACCGUUUUACUGGAAAUUUACAGUCUGUCGUUGAGCACAGUCUCAAAGGGAAUCAUUGCAUGUCUUCAUUGUGUUCGUACGCACACGUCGUCACACUCAUUGUUGUGUUUCUGCAUAUCAUUGGCACUGAAAGGUGUCAUUGGUGAAAAAUGCUACAUGCAAAAUAAUUUUUUUUUAUUUUUUUUUUUUUUAGCUGCAUUUGUCACAAGUUUUUAUUUCUGUGAAAAGGUGUGUGAGGAGGUUUGAAGUCACAGAACUGAGAGUAAGGAUGAUUGACUUUGGGAAGUAAUAAAUUAAUGAAAUCACUA